ACCUUUAUUAACAAGGGACACUACUCUAAGUGAAACACACCGGCUUUGCUCUCUAUUCCGUGAACGAGUAUUGUUAAAUACAAGACUGUUAAAUAUGGUAGAAAAAGCAAUUAUAACUGAAGACGAAGCUGCUCUAUACGAUAGGCAGAUAAGAUUGUGGGGUUUAGAUGCUCAGAGACGAUUGCGUGCAGCUAAAGUUCUGCUCGUUGGUGUGAGAGGUCUGGGCGCAGAGGUGACCAAAAACAUUGUGCUAGCAGGGAUAAAGUCAAUCACUCUGCUUGACCAUGCUCUGGUUACGAAAGAGGAUUCAACAUCUAAUUUUCUGGUAGCAAGAGAUGAUAUCGGAAAAAAUCGAGCAGAAGCAGCAAGGUCCAGAACCCAGUUACUUAAUCCAAUGGUAGAAGUAUCUGCUGACACUGAACAUGUGGAAGAAAAGCCUGAGGUUUAUUUCACGAAUUUUGACGUUGUGUGUGUCCUGUGCUGUAAACCAUCUGAGCAGAUGAGAAUUAAUCAGAUAUGUGCGGAUAACAACAUCAAGUUUUUCUCUGGCGAUGUGUUUGGUUACUAUGGAUACAUGUUCUCAGAUCUUGGUUUCCAUGAGUAUGCAGAGGAGAUUCAUAAGCCAGUGAUUAAAGCAAAUACCGCAGGAGACGGAGAACCAGCUCAGAAAAAGGCUAAGACAGAAGAACAGGAGAUUGUUGUUGUAAAAAAUUCUGUGGAGUUCAGGCGUUUAAAAGAUGCCCUCGAUGUUGACUGGUCAAGUCCUGAGAAUGCCAAGAAACUAAAAAGGACCCCUGCAACAUACUUUAUUGUACAAGUGCUAAACCAUUUCCUGGAGACCAAGGGACGCAGGCCGUGUGUGGAUUCUGUAGAAAGGGAUAAACAACAGCUGUUAACUUGUAAAGAGGAGGUUCUGAAACAGUGUGGCUUGAAGCCAGACUUUAUGGAUGAUGAGUUUACCAGCAAAUGUUUUGCUGAGUUAAGUCCUGUGUGUGCAGUGGUUGGCGGAAUACUUGGACAAGAAAUAAUAAAAGCUGUUUCACAGAAAGAUACACCCCAUAACAACUUCUUUUUCUACAAUGGUGUCGAAGGGAGCGGACUGGUGGACAAAAUCGGCAGCUAAAUAACAAGCCUAUUUAACCAGUGUUUUUCAAAAGAGCAAAGACACUUGAAAGGAUCUGAAAAUGUAAUACUGUAAAAAUACUAUUUUUGUGUAUUUGUGUAAUUCCCUGUAUGGGCGUAAUCGGACUGGUCGGUUUGAAAUGUUGGAAGAUUUUCACUGGAAACAACAGUAGACUUUGAAAUUGUUGGGAUAUUUUAUAAUUAAUGUUCACAGUGAAGGUUCGGGUAUAUUAAAGCAAGAAACUUU